UUGCAUCUUGCACUUCUCCCACUGAGCUGCUCUCUUUCCAAUAAAAAACUCCCCAAAUAUAACAUAAGCUUAUCAUAUUACUAAUCAUUAAAGAUAUUCCAACGAAAACCAGAAAAAAAAAUGUCUUGGAAAUUCUUUGUCUCUCACUCUCUCCCACUCUUCUUCCUCUUCUUCUUUUAUUCCUUUCCUUUAAUCUCAACUAAACACAAUGAUGAUCCAACAUUUAAAACCAUGCAUGAUUUCUCUGGGUACCCAGUUGAUGAAUCAUCACACACUUUUACACCAUCAAAUUCAAUCUCACUUUCAGUUGAUAUUCAAGCUCUGCAAAAACAGAUUGAUGAGCUAUCAACUUUCUCGGACACACCUGCCCCAUCAGUAACUAGGAUUCUCUACACUGAGAAUGAUGUAUUGGCUCGCAGGUACGUCAAAAAUUUAAUGGGACUCGCUGGGCUUUCCGUUACAGAGGAUGUUGUCGGGAACAUUUUCGGUCGGUGGGAUGGCUAUGAACCAAAGCUUACUGCAGUGGCAACAGGUUCUCACAUCGAUGCUAUUCCGUACUCCGGGAAGUAUGAUGGUGUCGUCGGUGUUUUAGGUGCAAUAGAAGCCAUUAAUGCACUAAAGCGGUCCGGGUUCAAACCUAAAAGGUCAUUGGAGAUAAUUUUAUUCACUUCAGAAGAGCCAACACGCUUUGGGAUCAGCUGUUUGGGAAGCCGCUUAUUGGCUGGCAGUGAAGCACUUGCUGAAGCUUUAAAGGCGACAGUUGAUGGUCAAAACAUAUCGUUCUUAGAAGCCGCAAGAUCUGCUGGUUAUGCUAGAGAUGAAGAUGAUUUAUCCAGAGUGUUUCUGAAGAAUGACAGUUACUCGGCUUUUGUUGAGUUGCAUAUAGAACAAGCGCCGAUUCUCGAAGAAGAAGGUAUAUCUAUUGGCGUAGUUACUAACAUCGCUGCCCCUGCAAGCAUAAAAGUAGAUUUUGAAGGCAAUGGUGGUCAUGCAGGUGGCGUCUUGAUGCCAGACAGAAAUGAUGCUGGACUGGCAGCUGCCGAGUUAAUGUUAGCUAUCGAGAAACAUGCAACAGAAUCCGGAUCACUUGACACUGUUGGUACAGUAGGGAUUUUGGAGCUUUACCCGGGAGCAAUCAAUAGCAUCCCUAGUAAAGCUCACCUUGAAAUUGAUGUACGAGAUAUCGAGGAAAGCUUUAGGAAUGCUGUUAUUAAUAAAAUCCAUAAAGCUGCAAAAUCAAUUGCCAAAAAGCGCAAGGUCACCUUAUCAGAAUUCAAGAUCAUAAAUCAGGACCCACCAGCUCAUUCUAACGGAUCAGUAAUCAAAGCAGUGGUAGACGCCUCGGAUGAGCUGAACCUAACGUAUAAGUAUAUGAUCAGCAGAGCUUACCAUGACUCACUGUUUAUGGCAAGGAUAGCUCCAAUGGGCAUGAUAUUUAUUCCAUGUUACAAAGGAUAUAGUCAUAAGCCAGAAGAAUAUGCGUCACCUCAGGAUUUAGAAAAUGGGGUGAAGGUAUUAGCGCUAACCUUGGCCAAGUUGUCUUUGCGUUGAUGUGUUGUUGUAUAUUGUAGUUUUUAUUAGGCUGGUUAAUGCCACUCUUUGUCAAUAUUUUCAAUAAUAACAACUUUGGCAUUUAUGAAAACUUUGUAUCAUGUUUGAGAAUCCAAUCUCAAAGAUAAUGGAACUCCUACAAUUUGGCUUUCUUCUU